GUUUGUUUAUUUUUUAAAACUUAUUACAGUUGAGGGAAAUGGAAGAAGAAUUGAAGUAUGCUCCAUUGUCUUUCCACAAUCAAAUGAUGCCCAAAAUUCGGACAUACAGAAGAGACCUUGCCACAUUUCAGAGGAAGAUGAAAAGUAUAGAUUUGGGAGUGUCCUCAGGCGUACAUGCAGAUCCCAAGUUUGGAAUCUUCUCAACAGAAAAUGAACAGAGUACUCAAACACAGUCUCAGAGGGUAUUGCUGCUUCAAGGAACAGAAAGCUUGAACCGAGCCAGUCAAAGCAUAGAGCGUUCGCACCAGAUUGCUGCUGAGACAGAUCAAAUUGGUACUGAAAUAAUUGAAGAACUUGGAGAACAGCGGGAGCAGCUAGAACGCACCAAAGGCAGAUUAGUAAACCCAAGUGAAACUUAGCAAGAGUCGG